AUGCAACUCCUCCCUCUCUCCCUCCUCGGCCUCGGCGCCCUUGUCUCUGCGGCUCCGACCCUCAUGCACCGCUCCGUCUCGGCCACGCAGUACGAAAUCUCGACGCUGAAGACGCACUUCAUGGGCAAGAACAGUGGCAUCGCCGACGGCUCCUGGCCCGCCGGCACCGAGUUCAACAGCACCAUCGAGCUCACCGUCGAGUACCCCGCCCAAUCGGGCGCCAACGCCAGCUCCGAGUCCACCACGUGCACCGCCAAUUGGCAAAACGGCACCCAUCCCAUCGACUGGAACGCGUGCGAGAACAAGGACGUCGGCUGGAAAUUCACCGACUUCGCCACUGAGGCCAAGUUCACCAUCGAGGUCGGCCGCAUCACCGGUGAGGACUCCGCCGAAACCGGCUCCGUCUCGGUCGAGGCCAACAACCUCGCCUCUGACAACUCCUGGCUCACUUGCUUGGCCGGCGCUCCCACCACUGGCAUCCAUUGCAACCUGGAUGGUGUCAUGAGCAAGCAAAAGUCGCCCAUCCCCGUCGCCGUCACAUCUGGUCCCGUAAUUGGUCCUUUCUAA